UAUGAGAAGAGUUAAUUAAAGUAAGUAAAAUUUGUGACUGAGAUAAUUUGCAUAAAAUGUUUAAAAUUUAUCCACAGUUCCUCUGGUCCUGUCUGUCACUCGUCAGUAUUACCUGAUCCAGCAGGGGAAAACCUGGAGUGAUGCUCAGGCUUACUGCAGAGACACACACACUGACCUGGCUAUCAUCGACAGUAAUGACAACAUGGUCCGACUUCAGAAGGAAGCACAGAGACAACAAUUCGGUUCCAGUGCUUGGAUUGGACUCUACAAUCCCAUCAACAGCUGGUGCUGGUCCAUGGGGAAUAAACCACUGGGAAGCGUUCAGAUGGAGAUGGAGUUCAGGUCAACACGACAACUUUGGUGAGGAGUGUGGUGCGCUUGCUCCCUGGGGUUGGGUGGAUGUGCCCUGUACUUGGUCAAUCCCUGCUGUCUGUUUAGAUGGCAGUUAUACUGGACAUCAGAACUACAUUUACAUCUCUACUACUAUGUCAUGGCUUGAAGCUCAGGCUUCCUGUAGACAGCAUCACACAGACUUGUCAAGCUCAAGUGAUGCAAAUGAAGACUCAGUUAUAAAGGGACUGGUCUCAGGCUGGGCUUUAAUUGGUCUGUUCAGAGACUCCUGGAAGGUGACAGACCAAACCAAUUUUCUCUACCAUCAGCUGGAUGACUGGAAAACCUGAUCAUGCCCUGAAGAAUGAAAACUGUGGUUAUAUAAAUAACGGUCAGGCUGCUGAUGCUCUGUGCUCAGACAUAAUGUGUUUCUUGUUUUUGUGAUUUUUUCCAUGUCAAUGUUUUUUUUUUUUUUUGUCAUUUUGUUUUGGUUAUCCCUGCAUUUGGGUUGUUUUUUAUUCUUGCCAUGUCAACUGCAUCUCUGACAGGAUAAAGGAAUCUGCCAAGUGUCAUAAAUAUAAAUGUACUUUAUUCUUUUGAGAAUAAAGACUUGAACAGUUUCACCAUCCUGUUGCCAGCAAUACCCAAUGCUCCCAUACAUGUGUUUUCUGUGUACAACAAGACUCGAUGCUCCCAAACAUGUUCAUGCUAUUGCCAAAGAAAGUGUCACUCACCAAACGCUUCCAGUCACACUCCAGGUCAGACUUGUUUGUUUUUCUCCAGAUUAAGGACACCAGGCCUAAAUCUCUGUUGGGAGGAAAUAUAGCACACACACAUUUUAUUAAACAAAGUAUAAAAUUGGCUGUCACUUCCUUGCUGUUAUUUACUAUUCCACAAUAUGUAUAUAUUUGUAUUAAUGUGUGAUAUUUAUGUACUGUACUGUGUUCUGUUGUCAACAUAUUUGUGGUGAGAUA